UAUUUAAAUUACUUUUCAUACGAGAACAUGAACUAACUCUUAAGUUCGACCUUUGACAAAGCAACCCAAUAGUGCACCCCAAGUCCCAACUCACUUCAAAGCCAGCUACAUUUGUGAACUCAAGAGGUGAAAAGGUUUAGAUUAGAACCCGGACUCUACAUCUCAUCCCAUCUAAUGACUGUUUGCUACCUCACGGUCAAACCCAAUAAUAUACUACUUAUAGUAUUACUGAACAAUACAACCAAUAACAUGAUGCCAUGUCAGCGGUUAAUUGUACUCCGCAAUGUAGACAAUCAUUUGCAUCUGUUUCUCAUCUUCGACACCAAGUUAAAAACCGAACAGAACAGAAACUCCUUAAUAAGGAAGCAACGCAAGUCCAAGUGAGACAAGGCUACUAGAGAAACCACACGCAGGAAAAAAAAAGAUCCAAAGCCAAGGCCAGGAUGAAAAUUACUGUAAUGACGGCAGAUGAACAGAUCCUUAGCCUAGAUGUUGAUCCUCAUGAAACUGUUGAAAAUUUGAAAGCUUUGCUGGAAGUGGAGACUACGGUGCCAUUACAGCAGCAGCAACUGCUGUAUAAUGGGAGGGAAAUGAACAACUCUGAGAAAUUGAGUGCAUUGGGUGUUAAGGAUGAUGAUUUAGUUAUGAUGGUCUCCCAUGCUGCUUCUAGUGCAUCUGCCAAUGAUUUGAGCUUCAAACCCGAUGGAUCUGCUGUGAACCCCGGAGCUUUCCAGCAACACAUUCGACGUGAUUCUAAUCUGAUUGGACAACUAUUUCAGACUGACCCUGAACUUGCACAAGCUGUUGUUGGAAAUGAUCUCAACAAACUGCAGGAGAUUCUGCGAGCACGUCAUCAACAAAGAUCUGAAUUGCGACGACGAGAGGAGGAGGAGAUUGCUCUUCUUCAGGCUGAUCCCUUUGAUGUUGAAGCACAAAGGAAAAUUGAAGCUGCCAUUCGGCAGAAAGGGAUUGAUGAGAACUGGGCUGCUGCCUUGGAAUAUAAUCCUGAAGGUUUUGCAAGGGUGGUUAUGUUGUACGUGGAUAUGGAGGUUAAUGGUGUCCCAUUGAAGGCAUUUGUUGAUAGUGGUGCACAGUCAACAAUAAUUUCAAAAAGCUGUGCUGAGCGAUGUGGAUUGCUGAGGCUUUUAGAUCAAAGAUAUAAAGGUAUUGCUCAUGGAGUUGGCCAAUCAGAGAUACUGGGACGAAUACAUGUUGCUCCAAUCAAGAUCGGAAAUAUAUUUUAUCCGUGCUCCUUCUUGGUCUUGGACUCUCCCAAUAUGGAGUUUCUCUUUGGAUUGGAUAUGCUGCGUAAACACCAGUGUAUUAUUGAUUUGAAGGAGAAUGUUCUUAGAGUAGGAGGAGGAGAGGUUUCUGUACCAUUUUUGCAAGAAAAGGACAUUCCUUCUCGCUUCCUUGAUGAAGAAAAGUAUUCGAAGCAAGCAUCCAGCUCUGGAGCUGCUGGAAAAACUGAAACAACAGAGAAUGCUAAUGUGCAAUCGGGAGGUCAACCUUCUGGAGGUGCACGCGGUGAUGUGACACAGAGACCUGAUUUUGAAGCCAAAGUUGCAAAGCUUGUUGAGCUGGGGUUUGCAAGAGAAAUGGUGAUAGAAGCUCUUAAACUAUGUGAUGGCAAUGAAGAACAGGCUGCUGGGAUUCUCUUUGGAGGCUGAAGAUGAUUUGCAAUCUUCAUUCUUAGAAAUAAUGUUGAUUUCAGUUAUUCAAUGACAAACUUUUACAAAUUAAAAAUUCUGUACUUUAUAUCCAUUUGAUUGAACUGUUUGUACACAACUGACUAAUUGUUGCAAUUCAAAAAAAAAAAAAUGGGAACUACUCCGAUUUCCUCAGUUGAAACUCUAUAUAUAAAUAAUUUUGCUUUAACUGCAGAUUUCUGUACGUGAUAUAGUCCAUUGAAAAGAACUGAUUUUUUUUUAUUUCAGUAACAAUAGUGUUGCUGUGCUAGUUUCCAUAGCCAUAUCCUUGACUAGCAGUACUAAGAUCUAUUCUAGUUGUUACACAAACUUCUUUCCUCUAGACAAGUUCUUAAAAUUCAGGUUCUCUCUAAUUUGUGAGAGUAAGGCCAUAGCUGCUAAAAAGAAUACUCCCAUGAUUUUCUGUCUGGCUUGGUAGGUAAUG